CCGCUCGUUCCUCCCUCAGCCCGCAGAAAACAGUGAAACCCUCCCACAGAGGUGAGAGCGUAGAUGACAUGAGGAAAGCGACCGCACCGCCACAGCGCAACGACCGACGCACCGUGCGACCUCAGCCCGACUCCCUGCGCUUCGCUCUGGGAUGCUUUUAGCGCAGCGACGCCUCCACUCAGGACAGCGCGUGGACGUCAGAAGCAGAUCGCCGACACUCUUUUCGUUGUUGUAGUUAUUUUUUUAACCGAGGAUCUUUCCCCCGGCAGCCGCCCCCCUCUCCGCCCCCAAAGCUCCCCCCCCCCCAUCCCUCCCGUUUCAAGUGUUUAUGUUUGUUUCUUCAUGACUGCUGCUUCGGGAAGCGAGCCUCAGCACCAGCUCCAGCAACGGCAACACCAUGCGAGCCCAAAUCGAAGUCAUACCUUGCAAAAUCUGCGGAGACAAAUCGUCAGGUAUCCACUACGGAGUCAUUACAUGUGAGGGAUGUAAGGGUUUCUUCAGACGGAGUCAGCAGAACAAUGCAUCCUACUCCUGCCCCCGCCAGAGGAACUGCCUCAUCGACAGAACAAACCGCAACCGAUGCCAACACUGCCGCCUGCAGAAGUGUCUCGCCCUAGGAAUGUCCAGAGAUGCUGUGAAGUUUGGUCGCAUGUCCAAGAAGCAACGCGACAGCUUAUACGCAGAGGUCCAGAAGCACCAAGCGCGGCUGCUGGAGCAGCGGCAGCAGCAGACGGGCGAAGCGGAGGCUCUAGCGCGAGUUUACUCCAGCAGCCUGACCAACGGACUGUCCACCCUCAACCACGAGAUCGGGGGCACCUACGCCAAUGGCCACGUCAUUGAGCUGCCCAAGGCUGGCCACGGUAACGGAGGUGGAGUCCAAGGGGGAUACUAUGGGAUGGAUUCUACCCAGCCGUCUCCAGACCAGUCGGGUUUGGACAUGUCGGGCAUGAAGCACAUUAAGCAGGAGCCGGUGUACGACCUGACGCCAGUGCCUAACCUGUUCAGCUACGGAGGCUACCAGGACAGUCAGUUGGGACCCAAUAACGUCAGCAUGGGAGAGCUGGACCGUAUUGCUCAGAAUAUCAUCAAGUCCCACUUGGAGACAUGUCAGUACACAACAGAGGAGCUGCAGCAGUUAGCCUGGCAGACACACUCCUACGAAGAGGUCAAGAUGUACCAGAGCAAGCCUCGGGACGUGUUGUGGCAGCAGUGUGCCAUCCAGAUCACCCACGCAAUCCAGUACGUGGUGGAGUUCGCCAAGCGCAUCUCAGGGUUCAUGGAGCUGUGCCAGAACGACCAAAUCCUGCUGCUCAAGUCAGGUUGUUUGGAGGUAGUCUUGGUGCGGAUGUGCAGGGCGUUCAACCCUCUCAACAACACCGUGCUCUUUGAAGGGAAGUACGGAGGCAUGCAGAUGUUCAAAGCUCUAGGUUGUGAUGACUUAGUGAGUGCAGUGUUUGACUUUGCCAAGAGUUUGUGUUCACUGCAGCUGACGGAGGAAGAGAUCGCUCUGUUCUCAGCAGCUGUACUCAUUUCCACAGAUCGACCGUGGCUAAUGGAGCCUCGGAAAGUCCAGAAGCUCCAGGAGAAGAUCUACUUUGCUCUGCAGCACAUUAUGCAGAAAAACCACAUGGACGAAGAUGCAUUGGCGAAGCUGAUCAGCCGAAUCCCGACGUUGUCGGCCCUGUGCACGCUCCACACGGAGGAACUCCAGGCCUUCCAGCAGCUACACCCAGAAACCGUCAACGUCCUCUUCCCUCCGCUCUACAAAGAACUCUUCAACCCCGACCCCAACUCCGCCAUGGCCAUGCCCAAGUGACUGCCCGCGGCCCCGAUGCGACGGACGGCAUCGGCGGACGGCCGAGAAGACAAGGAGACAGCCACGCCCGACGAGACGCCCGACGAGACGCCGGCAGACGCGCCGGCCACGUCAGCGCCGUGGCAGCCGCGUGUUCCCGCGCCCCCCGAGCCCCACUUCAUGCCGGGGGGAGGGGAAUCGUCCGCCAGAAACUUACAGUUACCGCCAACAAUACUAGGAAUGUCAAGCACUUAUCCCAUCCUGUUCACCGAUACAGUCUGAAGAAUGUAUAUAUAAGCGAAACUCGCCCCCGAGCCACAACAACCGCGGGGUUUCCUCCCGUCUUCUGAACUGACUGACCAGAAAUGUACAGACUUUAAAAACAUCUAGGAACAAUUGUAAGCUGUCGAUCUUUAAAAGAAAUGGGUAAGUUAAUUUGUUUCAACACUGAAAAAAAAAUCUUUGGGGUUUGUUUAAUUUUUUGUUGUUGUUUUUUUUACAUGAGGAAAUGGUUAGGUUUAAGGCGGCGAAUGGGGAAGGGCGCUGUGGAUUUAGAAAAGCUAUUGUAGAUAUUCUUCUAGUGCAGAGCGGAUUCCAGUAUUACUUCUUGUUCUGUUAAAAUAAGUUAGUCCUAAUUUAAAUAUACAGCAGCCCACUGUGGCUGACUAUA